CCGGAAGUUGUAAUUUUUAAACUGAACUCGUUCUGGUUAGCUUCACGCGAACGCGGAUGAAUCGGGUAUAAAACUGUACGUUCGUGUUUCUGGUGAAGGACACUUAACGGUCUCAGCUUUGAAAACGGUUGGUUAAAAAAACAGAAAAAAACCAUCUAGCCUGUUAACGGUCUAACUGUUUUUUAACCGUCAAGCCGGGGACGAUAUUUCUGUGGAGCUAACAUGUCUGGAAAACAGCAGAGUCGCGGCGGAUGGAGGAAAACUUUAUGGAAUCCAGAAACGAGAAAGUUUUUCGGGCGAACAGGGGAGAGUUGGCUUAAAAUCUCCGCGUACUAUGUGAUUUUCUACGCAUUCCUCGGUGGGAUUUUCAUCGGGACCAUUCUGGUUUUGCUAAUGACGUUAAGUGCGUACAAACCCAAAUACCAGGACAGAAUUGUUCCCUCAGGUCUGUCAUUCUCACCCUACGCCGCCAACUUUGACAUCAUUUUCAAGAAGGACGACCCGUCUUCAUAUGAGAAGUAUGUCAACAGCUUGAAGAAGUUUAUUGAGCAAUAUAAUGAUGAGAAGCAGACUGACGACAUGAAAUUCGAGGAUUGUGGAGCCAUCCCGAAGUCAUACACUGAACGCGGCGAACUGGACAGUAAAGCAGGACAGAGGAAAAGUUGCCGUUUCAGCAGAAGGGAGCUGCAAGACUGCUCCGGGCAAAACGACACCACCUUUGGCUUUAAGGAGGGAAAGCCGUGCCUCAUUCUCAAGCUCAACAGGAUGAUCAAUUUCAGACCUACACCUCCUUCCAGCAACGAUUCGCUUCCAGAUGCUCUGAAAGGCAAAUCCUUUGAUAACUUAAUGCCCGUUCACUGCACGAAUAGGUUUGAGGUAGACAAAGGCAAGAUCGGAGAGAUCAAGUACUUUGGCUUCGCGGGGCGCGGAGGUUUCCCUCUCCAGUACUACCCUUACUACGGCAAAAUGCUGCAUCCCAAUUACCUGCAGCCUCUGGUGGGCGUCAAGUUCACCAACGUCACCAUGAACAAGGAGCUCAAGGUCGAGUGCAGAGUGUACGGGGGCGGCUACGAGAAGGGCAGCCUUGAUGGAUUAUUUUACGUUCACCUCACUGUGAAACAGUGACCCCAGACACGACAUGGUGGCAAAAUAAAAAAUAAAAAAAAAAAACGUAGAAAGAUAUUCAAGAGUUCAGAUAACUUAUAUUUGAUUUUUCGUGUUUUCUUACCAGAAUUAAAAUAGAAUCUAAAAUACAGGGCGGUAGCAAUAGCAAAUACUCUUUCUACACUUAAUGAUUGGGGUGGCGGGGGAUGACUGGGAUGUUCAUCGAUUAUUGUAAAAACUUGCAGUUUCACUACUGAUAUGUAGCCAGCUGUGUCUCUGUCGCCAUGGUGUUUCAUCCUUAUGUGGUUUAUAUAUUGAAGUGUCCAGGCUUUGUAGGGUCCUCUGUUUUAUUUUUACUUUAGUGCUCCAUGCCUGGGCAGCUGUUCAUUUAUGUGAGUGCGUAGAGGUUUUGUCAGUGUGUUUAGACUCUGUUGUACCUUUAAGGUGUUAAGAUGUUUGUGUUAUGUUUUGUUUUCAUAAAUUUUCCUUAUUCAAGUUUGCCAUAGAAGAAUGUUUGUUCACGUUUUGUUCAGCUUCACAAUAAAAUUGGUUUUGGAUAGGAUUUUA